AUGGCGGCUAUCAAUCGUAUUGUUACAUCGGAAGAUCUUCAGAUUCUGGUGGAUGCCGGGUUCAUGGCAAUUUCGCAAAACUUGCUGCAGCAAGCCGACGGGAUCUUCGAGGCGGUGCAGGUUGUGCGUCCCAAUCAGGAAGCCGGUCAUUUGGGCCGCGCAAUGGUCCGCAUGGCUGCCAGUGACUUCGAUGCGGCAGUCAAGAUGCUGAAAUCGGCCCCCGAUACGAACGCAACCAAGGUUUUUCUGGGCAUCGCAUUCAUCCGGCAGGGCGACACCAUCGCCGGUGUGGAAAUACUGCAGAAUUUAGCUUCAGUUGAGGAAGACACGCCGUUUCGAAAAAUGGCCGUGGAAACGCUGGCGGAGCUACAAGGCACCAGCCAUGGCGACAGGAUAGUCGCGACCGAAGCAGGCUGCGACAGGCCGUAA